UCCCGAGAGCUACGCGGCGGCAGAGCGGAGGCCUCGUGCCGUAACGGCCAUCGCGGCGGCCGCGGCGGCGUCCCGGUGCCUUCCUCAGGUGAGCUGGGGCCGCACGGACCCGGCAGAGGGAAGUGCUGAAGCUGCUGAAAGAUGGCAGAAGAAGUGGUGGUAAUAGCCAAAUUUGAUUAUGUGGCCCAACAAGAACAAGAGCUGGACAUUAAGAAGAAUGAGAGAUUAUGGCUUCUGGAUGACUCUAAAUCCUGGUGGCGAGUUCGAAACUCCAUGAAUAAAACGGGUUUUGUGCCUUCUAACUAUGUGGAAAGGAAAAACAGUGCUCGGAAAGCAUCUAUUGUAAAAAACCUAAAGGAUACCUUAGGCAUUGGAAAAGUGAAAAGAAAACCUAGUGUGCCAGAUUCUGCAUCUCCUGCUGAUGAAAGCUUUGUUGACCCAGGGGAACGCCUCUAUGACCUCAAUAUGCCUGCUUAUGUGAAAUUUAACUACAUGGCAGAGAGAGAAGAUGAAUUAUCAUUGAUAAAAGGGACAAAGGUUAUUGUCAUGGAGAAAUGCAGUGAUGGGUGGUGGCGGGGUAGCUACAAUGGACAAGUUGGAUGGUUCCCUUCAAACUAUGUAACUGAGGAAGGCGACAGUCCUUUGGGUGACCAUGUGGGUUCCCUGUCAGAGAAAUUAGCAGCAGUUGUCAAUAACCUAAAUACUGGGCAAGUGUUGCAUGUGGUACAGGCUCUUUACCCAUUCAGUUCGUCCAAUGAUGAAGAACUUAAUUUUGAGAAAGGAGAUGUAAUGGAUGUUAUUGAAAAACCUGAAAAUGACCCUGAAUGGUGGAAAUGCAGGAAGAUCAAUGGAAUGGUUGGUCUGGUGCCAAAAAACUAUGUUACCAUUAUGCAGAAUAAUCCAUUAACCUCAGGUUUGGAACCAUCACCUCCGCAAUGUGAUUACAUUAGGCCUUCACUCACUGGAAAAUUUGCUGGCAAUCCAUGGUAUUAUGGGAAGGUCACCAGGCAUCAAGCAGAAAUGGCAUUAAAUGAAAGAGGGCAUGAAGGUGAUUUCCUCAUUCGUGAUAGUGAAUCUUCGCCAAAUGAUUUCUCUGUAUCACUAAAAGCACAAGGGAAAAACAAGCAUUUUAAAGUUCAACUAAAAGAGACUGUCUACUGUAUUGGGCAGCGUAAAUUCAGCACCAUGGAAGAACUUGUAGAACAUUACAAAAAGGCACCAAUUUUUACAAGUGAACAAGGAGAAAAACUGUAUCUUAUCAAGCAUUUGUCAUGAUAAUACUGACCAGAAGUGACUGCUACACAGCUAUAAUUCGUCACGUAAUUGAAGACUGAGAAAAUGUCAGUCCAGUCAUGCUUGAUUGGAAAUUGCUUUCUAACUACAUGAGAAUGACUAUAAUACAUAAGUAUUUUUAUUAUAACUCAGCCCAUACAUAUAUACUACAUAUGCAAAGCAUCUGCACAAAGCAAUUCCUUAUCCUUGGUCUUCUUUUUUAUUGUUUUCUUUGCUGUUUUUCUUUUUGCUUCUAAUAUUAAGGUUUUAUAUUUUGAGAAAAUGAUGCAGAUCAGAAGUCUUUAUAUGGAAGAAUUUAUUGGGUUUUUUUUUUUCCUUUAUUUCCCUGUAAGGGACCAUGUUAGUCAUUUCCGCAGUGGUUUCUCUUCAUAUAAAAUUAUUAUAUCAUUAUAUGGCAUAUGCUAAAAUAAAUUUCAUGGAAAUGUUGAUCUUUUCUGUGACUAAAUAGCAAUAAUAAAUGGAAAAUUAGAAAUUAUUUUCAGGUAUUUGUUGUAAGCCAUUGUAAAUAUCAAGUAUGUUGUGUCUCCCAUUUUAAAACAAUUAUUGUCUUCAUUGUAAAGCAAAACAAAUGGGAUAUAGGUUAGAAACUGUGUCUUGUAUACUUUUAAUUUACAGCUAUUGGAAACAAAAAUCUCUGAAUUUCUAAGAUUUUUUGAGGGGGUGCUUCUUUCUUAACUGGUUAUUCAGGAGAAUAAAACAGUGUCUGAGAUAUUUAGCUUUUCAAACUCUAAGUGGAUGCUUUAGUGUUAUAUUAUUCUUUCUCUGUUGUUAUUUUACCAAGGCAUCUUGUUUUGGGGUAUGUUGAUAUCUGUGUCAGUGUGAAAAAAAGCUGUGGCCAAAUGUUGGGAAAAUAGGAGGCAGUGAGUUACUUGGUUUCUUCCCACCUCAACAUCAGUAAUUACCAGGCAUGGUAUUUCUACUAUUUUCAUUUCCUCCUUUUAGCUUUGAGUUUUGUCGACUGAGAUACUAAAAUUGAUUAUACCUGAGGAAAAAAUGGAAUGUGCCAAAUGGUUAGAGAAAGUUAUUUUUUUUAAUUCUUACUUUUGCAGGGGUUUCUAUUAGGUUUUUGUUUACUAACAAGCAGAAGUUUUGGGAGACUACUCUGGAGUAUUGAAUAUACUUCUGCAGGUCACAGAAGAAAGAAAACAGCUGUAUUUUGUGGUCUUAGCUCCCCAACCCCGCAUUAUUAAUUCUGGAAUUUAAAUUUAAGCAAAGUAACCUUCAAUAUUUUAAUUAAAAUGCUUACUAAAGCCAUAUAACUUACUAGGAAAUCAUACGAUAUUUUCAAAAACUCCCCAGUGCUGCCUAAGCAAAUAAAUGUUUCUGUUCUUCAGUAUGUUCUAGA